AAUAAAAAGAAAAGCUACUAAAAGAAAUGAAACGAAAUGAAUCGCAGUUUAUAUUUUGAUGUGUUCGCUCUGAGGAUUUGAAAGAAGAAAGUGUCCAUGUAUGCUGCGUGAAUAACCAUAAAAUAUUAUGUUGCUGACGAAAAGAAAGAGAGAGGAUGAAAAGCAAGAAAAGGAAACAACUACCACAAAAGUCAACACUUCUAUUGUAUUGCCCAUUCGACAAACUGCUUCCAUUUUCAAGCAGUCGGUAACAAUAGUUCGGAAUCGAGAAUCCAAGGUUAACUCUGAUGUGAUACAUGGUCCACAAGAAAAACCCAAACAACUGUUUUGGGAGAAACGUCUACAAGGAAUACAUGCUUGUGAUAAAAAAGGAAGAGUUAUUGAGACAUUUGAGUUGCCACCUAAAAUCAAAGCUGUUGGCUUGCAGUUAGGAGAUGAAACUAUAUUAAGAAGCAUUGCAACAGCUUUGCACAUAAAUGAACAUUCAAUCACUGGGCAGAAUAAACCUAAAGCUCUUCUUGAUAAAAAUCCAGGAGUUUAUAUCAAUCCAAAACAGCCUUUAGUUCUUGGUCUUCAUGUGACUGAUGAAGAUAUUGAAAUACAAGAAAAGAGAGUUCUAGAAGCAAGGAAGAGGUUACAAGAAGCUCUGAAUGAAUGAAUUGCAUCAUAAAAUAGACAACUGCUCAUUUAUUCAUAUAAAGCUGGGGCAUAAAAUUCACAAAUCAAAACUAAUCAGAAAGACAUUUUAAAUAAUCAUGCAUCAUUAUCAUAAUAAAUUCCACUAGGUCAAGUCUCAGCGCAUCAGCAAAAUGGUCCAACAUUAAGUACAAAUGCAUUUUUUAAAUUAAUUUAUGUGGAAGAAAUACUGUGUUAUAAGCAUUCUUAAUGUGAAUUAGAUAGUUUUUGACAUACUUUUUAUAUACACUUAUGUAAAUUCAUUGAAAGUUGUAA